GACACUGCUCACUCGACAUGGACCAUGACCACUCCGAUGCCUCUGACUCGAGCUCGAAGCCAAUACAAUCUGAUCAAGAAACAGGAAUCUUGCACAACAAUGAAGAUGUGGCUCGGCCAAUCCCCAGAUUGGGACCUGGACUGGUUGGAAAUGUGGAGAGAGGCCGCCACAGCAGCACUGCGCACCAUGACACGGCUUCCGGAAGUCAACCGCAGCACUAUCACGCUGGGAAUUCCAUAGGAAAAUCUCCAGGAUUAACAGGUUUUGGUAGUACGGAAACCGGUGUGGCUUCACAAAGUGAUAUCGUUGAACAAGUGAAUAACAAUGAUGUGUCUAUUUCCUCCAGUACCAACCAAGACACAAUGUCAAGCUAUAGCCUUAUCGACAAUCCUCCCAAUCUUGCAAGGAUACGACAAGUCAUGUUUGAGUGCAAAGAACCUAUUGAAAUCAGCCUUGAGGAGUUCGAGACAUAUUGGCCUUUCAUUGAUAAUGUCUGGGUGAAGCAACGGUCGAACUCGAGCAAAGAGGGACAUUGCACCACAGACUAUUACAUGUGCCGUCUACGACGUCCAACCCAUCGCACGUCAGAGACACGUCCAUUGCCGGAGGGCAAACGUUCCCGCAAGAAACGCGUUCGAGAAGGUGGCAUGUGCAAUUUCCAAAUCAAGGUGGUUCGGUUUGAAGGCGCCUAUUCCACUGUCACUAUUGCGCGGACACCCGGUAGCAGCCACGUACACUCCCAUGAUCUUGACUAUAUAGACAAAGUAAAGCGGAACUCGGGGCUCAUGGAGUUUGCGCGAAAGGAGGCGGUCAAGGGCUAUCUGCCUUCUUCUAUUUACACGAAAUUUCAAGAGGAACCUGAAAAAUUGAUUGAAGCUGGAGGUAAAUUUUGUACAGUCACGGAUGUCCGCAAUGUCUCAGCAAAAUGGCGCAUCCAGAAUCCAGAAGUCAAACUUGUGCCGCACGAAGGUUACACCUAUCAAAAAGGGCACGGGAUCGUGAGAGCUCGGAGUACUAGCGACACAAACCAGCCAAAAAUCGCUAGAAAGCCACCGAACCUAACAGGCCCGUCCCCUCUGCCGCCAGAUACAUUGUCGUUUCCUCAAUUUCCGUUGGAAUUUCUUGACUCUUACCUUCCGAGACUCGACGAGAAGCGCGAACUGCCUCAUGUCACUUUGUCAUAUGCAUCAUCUAUGGAUUCCAAGAUAUCACUUCUCCCAGGAAUGCAGACAGUGCUCUCGGGACCAGAAGCCAAGCUGAUGACGCAUUAUUUAAGGUCACGCCACGACGCGAUACUCAUCGGAGUGGGCACUGUUUUAGCUGACAACCCCGGACUAAACUGCAGAUUAGAAGGUGCAGGCGGACGAUGGCCAGUCCAUCCUGAGUGCAGGAUGCUUCGCACUGCAGUCGAGGGCAAAGGGAAAGCUCCGUGGGUCAUCGUGUCCCCUGGAGCCCAGAUCCAUCCGCAGAAAUUGAUGAUGUUGAAAGGCUACGGAGGGGACUUUCUGCGUAUAGUCGAAUAUAACCAGAACUGGCGAUUGCGCUGGGAAGCUAUUCUACGCGCAUUGGCAUCCGAGGGCAUCAAGAGUGUUAUGAUCGAAGGCGGUGGCACAGUUCUGAGCGAACUCUUGAAUCCCGAGUACACCGAAUUCAUUGACUCUAUUAUUGUCACCGUUGCUCCAACAUACCUGGGCCGUGGCGGGGUGGGAGUGAGCCCUGAUUCAAAGCGAGAUGAGCAAGGUAAACCGAAUGCCGCUCUCAAUCCAAGGGAGAUAAAAUGGGUACCGCUAGGCCAGAACGUCAUAAUGUGUGGGAAAAUUCGCGCUGCUCCAUCUGAUGGCUAAAUUCCAAUCGCCUGCCUCAGUUUAGCGAUUCUAAAGUCAUGCUGGGCGAGAGUUAGCUCAGAGCAGCAUCGUGAGAUCCCUGGGGGGCUGUGUCCUACUGUGCUUACCAUUGCGGAGGUGGACGCUAAUUAGCACUGUUAUAAUGCAGGCAUUAAUGAUGGUAAUGAUAGUCAUGAAUAACCCUGCUAGGUAAUAAUAGGAACACAGAGAAAUAAG